AUGAGGUCAUCUACACGAGCGUAUCGUUUCGAUUUCGAAAAUAACGAGGACGAGGAAAGAGCGAUAGCAGAGGCAAUAGCAAGGGAAGAAGAGCUUAUGCGACAGGAGGAAGCUGACAAAGGGGGACGACCAGAGCCUGGAGCUAGAGAUCCAGCGGGACGACCCUAUGAUGAGGACCCUGGGGAGCACGCACGAAUAGUAACACCGUCUCGUUUUGGAAUGGGUUUCUACUCGCAGCCAGCUCUCCCACGAUAUCCAUCCAAUCUAAUGGUUCAUAGGGAUGACAGUCCAGAUACGCGGGCGGUGAAGCAGGUAUUGGAAACCAUGGUGAUCCAAGUAUGUCGUUGGGACAAGCAGUUUGGAUGGCAUAAAAACUUAUUGUCGAGACCAACUAGACCACAUUUUGACCGAUUCAGACGUCGAAUGUUUGUAAGCCAACGAGAAACCGUCUUAGCAGAACAUAUAGACAGAUUGCGGAAGGAAAUCAAUAAGAGGAGAACGCAAAUGGAAAAUAAAGCUGAGGAGUUGUGUGGGUUACCGACACCAUGGAGGAAAUCGCGUAUGAAGUCUCACAUGAGAGCUUCUCGAGUAUCGAACAACACGAAAAAUACUGGUGUGGAUCGGCCUCCACCAGUGGCAAUCAAUCCAGCCGAAAUCAGUUUGGGAGGAGAUGCCGUGGACUGGACAAAAGAUCAAAAGAGCUCAGCGGUACCAAAAGAGGAGGGAUGCGAUAGCAAAAAUGAAGGUGAUAGUGAAGCUAAGGAGGUGAAAGACGAGCCAGAGCCUGUAGAAGAGUCAACUACUGUGGCUGAUUGGCAGCCUUCCAAACGUGGUCCUGCCCUACCGAACACACCAAAAUACAAGAAAAGGAUAUACGAGCGGUCUCAUGAAGAGAGCUCCUCAUCCGGGUCUGAAUUAAGAAGACGAGGGCGUCCACGAAAACGGCAUUACAAAGAUACGGAAAAACCAGUGAGGGAUAAACCGUCUCCUCUUGGUUCCAAUCCCAACACAUUCCACUGCAUAUGUCGCACCCGUUACAACCCAAAUAGGUUCUACAUCGCCUGUGAAAUGUGCUUCAAGUGGUUUCAUGGUGAUUGUGUGGACGUAACUGAAGAGAGUGCAAAGGAGAUGGACGGAUGGACAUGUCCAGAGUGUAUACAGGAAACACAGAAAGCAUGUGAAGAGCAAGUGCUUUAUUGCACAUGUCGAACUCCCUACAACGAUAACGAAGAAGCUGAAGCCAUGGACGAGUAUGUGUGUCCUUCGUGCACAGAAGCGCAGACGACGCAAGGCUAUGAAUCAGCCAGUAGCUCCGCUAGCAGUACUCAUGCUACCCUUUGUCGGGCAGAUUAUCCAUUGGUGUGGCGCCUUCUCGAAUGUGUAGCUGAUCAUCGAAUGUCAUGGCCGUUUCGGCAACCAGUUAGCCUUGAAGAGUUUCCCAACUAUUUGGACGUGGUAGAGCACCCGAUUGAUCUUUCAAUCAUCCAACAGCGUCUAGAAAACCUUGAGUAUCAGCGGUUAAAGGAUUUCACGAGGGAUAUGUCCCGUCUAUUUGAAAAUGCAAGGAUUUUUUAUCCACGGGAUAGCAACGUUUACCAUUGCGCAGAGACGUUGGAGAAGAUAUUCGAGCACGCAUUGGUAGAAGUUCGAGCAGAAAUCGAUGCACGUAUGAAUGGAAGAAAGGUAUCUGAAUCGCAAACUAUUGAUAGCUCCUUGGAUAUCGACACAGAUCAAUUGAUUGAUGUCAAUCUGGAUGUCGAUCCAACGAUGUUUCUCCUGUAG